CACCUCACUCUCCACCUCCUCCUCCGCGGCACUGCACUCUCCAAGUUCACAGCUUACCGCUCCCAAGAAACCAGAACACGCUCCCGGGAAACUCCUCGAGCUCCCGGCCAUGGAGGAGCUCCUGCUGCGCCACGGCAGCCUCCCGAGGCCGGCGGCGCCGUGCCGGCGAUUCCGCAUCGUCGCCGUCGCUCUGCGGACCAGGCCCACCAGCCUUGCCGUCCCGGGGCUCCCGCCCGCGCUCGCGCCCGCGACGCUGGCGCCGGAGCCCGUGCUGCCGUCGCCGCCCGUGGCCGUGGACGCCGUGGCGGUGCUGCUUGCGGCGGGCGUGCCUCCUGCGGACCUCCGGCGCGCGGCGGGGAUGUGCCCAGAGCUGCUGUCCGUGCCCGCGGAGACCAUCGCGGCCUCGCUCCGGUUCCUGACGGAGGAGGCGGGGGUUCCCGCGGCCGAUCUCCCGCGCGUGCUCCGGCGGCGCCCGCGCCUGCUCGUCUCCCCCGUCGCCGCCCGGCUCCGGCCCACGCUAUACUUCCUGCGCGCGCUCGGCGUACCGGACCUGCACCGCCGCGCCGACCUCCUGUCCUUCUCCGUGGAGGAGAAGCUGCUCCCCCGGAUCGAGUUCCUCGAGUCGCUGGGCCUCCCGUCCCGCGCCGCGCGCUCUAUGGCGCGGCGCUUCCCGGCGCUCUUCUGCUACGGCGUGGAGGGGAACAUGCGGCCCAAGGCGGAGUACCUCCUGGGCGCCAUGGGCCGGGACAUCGACGAGCUGUUCGACUUCCCGGAGUACUUCUCCUACGCGCUCGCCACACGCAUCGCGCAGCGCCACGAGGCGUGCGCGGUCCGCGGGGUGCGGAUGCCGCUGCCCGCCAUGCUCCGCCCCGGGGAGGCCAAGUUCCGCGCCACGCUCACUGCCUGCGUCGGGUCCACGCCGCCGAGGCGGAGGUCGCCGCUGUGGUACGCCUCGUGGGUGGACGACGACACCGGCGCCGUUGCGAAGGAGGGGACGCUGUGACGCCGUCGGUCGGUCGUGCGCGCGCGAUGUAAGUGGUAGCGGUUCUUGCCUUGUUGGUGGUGUAACAUAUGCAUACGGAAUGGCAUUGGCUGCUUGUAAGUAUCAUACCAUAUGAAUCUAGUUGGUUGCAUUGUUGCCA